AGCAGCAAAGACAGAAACUCACCUGGACGCUGGGCUUGUUGUUUCUGCCCUUUGCCAGGUUCCCGGGGCUGGGCCAGGGAUCACUCCUGUGAGACUGGGAGAUUUACGGGGAAAGGCCAGCAGGCACAAAAGGAAGUCUGUGCUUUGUUACACGCAAUAAGGGGCCAGUCUUCGGAGAAAAGAAAAGUGAAACUGUUUGGAGUUUGCCAAGCAGGAAGCUGAAGCCAGCCACAAGGGGCAGCUGGCAGUUUCACCUCAGAGCUGCGGGAAGGGACAGCGGCAGUGAAAAUCGAAUCAGGUGUGAUCCUAGGCUGAGCUCAUGGCCCAGCGGGGCCAGCAGGGGCAGAUGGCAAGUAGAGGCAACGAUCUCAACUUCAGGAUGGUCACAGAGAUCCGGAACGUAGAGGGUCAGAACCUGCGGGAGCAGGUUUUCCCUGAGCCCAUUUUCAGGUUCUUCAGGGAACACAAGGUGGAGAUUGCAAGUGCGAUAACAAGGCCUUUUCCUUUCCUUAUGGGCCUCCGAGACCGCUCCUUCAUCUCUGAGCAGAUGUAUGAACAUUUUCAAGAAGCUUUUAGAAACCUGGUCCCAGUGCCAAGAGUGAUGUACUGUGUACUCAGUGAGCUGGAGAAGACGUUUGGCUGGUCACAUCUGGAAGUGUUGUUCAGCAGGGUUAACCUGAUGGCCUAUCCUGAUUUAAACGAGGUUUACAGAAGCUUCCAAAAUGCAUGCUAUGAACACCCACCUCACCAAAUGAACAAUGUAAGCGAGUUAGAAGAUAGAUCCAGAUUACCAUUGUGUGGUAAACCAGAGAACAGCAAUGCCUGUCAUGAAAUGUGUGAUGUAGCAGUGCCUCAGGAAGCCUUGAGCUCCUUGCCAACGUGUGGGCCAGGUUUCUCUUCAGAGUCUCAUGAGCUACUAGCUCAUCCAAGGGCUGAUGGAGAUGCUGAAAAUGCACCCAGCUUGCUACCAGUGUGCUGUGAACAUGCUAUACAAGUAGAUGAAGGAGAAUCAGAAGAAAUGCCCCGGUUAUUGCCUUAUGAUGCAGAAGAGACCUUUGAUCUAAACACUCCCCAAAUCACUAAUGAAGGAGAACCAGAGAAAGGGCUCAGUCUACUACCAGGUGAAGGAGAAGAGGGCAGUGAUGACUGUUUGGAAAUGUGUGAUGGAGAAGAGCCCCAGGAAGCCUCUAGCUCCCUAGCAAGAUGUGGGUCAGAGACGUUUGCGCUAAACACUCCCCAAAUCACUAAUGAAGGAGAACCAGAGAAAAGGCUUGGUCUACUACCGGGUGAAGGAGAAGUAUCUAGUGAACUAAAAGAUCACCAAAUGAAUGAAGAAGAAGAAUCAGAAGAGCUUGCUUCUAGCCUGCUACGUGAGGAUGUACCAGAUACUGUGGAUACUGGAAGCAACUCUGCUUUGGAAAGUACCAAACCCAAGAGGAAAAGAAGAAAAAAGAAGGGGCAUUGCUGGACCAGAGUAAAAAGGAGAGGGCAGAAAAAAAUCCACCAGACUGGUAAUGGCAAAGCCGAUGGCCAGUUGAUGUCCAGUGAAAAGAAGGCGAACGUGAAUCUCCAAGGCCCUUUCAAGAUUAGGAGCAGAAAGAGAGGCAGACCUAAAUCCCGCUUCGCCCAGAGUGACAGAGCUCCACAGAAAGGAGUCCGAUCAAGAGCUUCAAGAAAGCACAAAGACAAAACUGUGGAUUUUAAGGCUCCUUUACUUCCAGUGACCUGUGGUGAGGUGAAAGGAAUUUUACAUAAGAAGAAUUUGAAACAAGGAAUCUUGGUGAAGUGUAUACAGAGUGAGGAUGGAAAUUGGUUCACCCCCAGGGAAUUUGAAAUCAAAGGCGGCCACGCAAGAUCAAAGAACUGGAGGCUGAGUGUGCGCUGUGACGGGUGCCCCCUACGAUGGCUGAUGAAGAAUGGAUUUCUGCCUAAUCCUCCAAAAUAUAGAAAGAAGAAGAGAAGACUUGUGAAGUCUCACAAGAAUACCUCAGUUGACCCUUGUAUGAGAAACUUGAAUGAGUGUGAGGUUUGCCGGGAUGGAGGGGAGCUGUUCUGUUGUGACACUUGUUCGAGAGCCUUCCAUGAGGACUGCCACGUCGCGCCUGUAGAAACUGAGAAGACCCCGUGGAGUUGCAUCUUCUGCAGGAUGAAGGAGUCUUCAGGAAGCCAACAGUGCUGUCAGGAAUCUGAGGUCCUGGAGAGGCAGAUGUGUCCUGAGGAACAGUUGAAAUGUGAAUUCCUCCUCUUGAAAGUCUAUUGCUGUUCUGAGAGCUCCUUUUUUGCCAAGAUUCCGUAUUAUUAUUAUAUUAGAGAGGCGUGUCAAGGCCUGAAGGAGCCCAUGUGGUUGGAUAAAAUCAAGAAGAGGCUGAAUGAGCACGAUUAUUCCCGAGUGGAGGGGUUUGUACGAGACAUGCGCCUCAUCUUCCAGAACCACAGGGCAUCAUACAAGUACAAGGAUUUUGGCCAAAUGGGACUUAGACUGGAGGCUGAAUUUGAGAAGAAUUUGAAGGAAGUGUUUGCUAUUCAGGAAACAAAUGGGAUUAAUUAAUUGGUUUAGUGGAUGCUGAAGGCGUUCAGCAAGUAGUACCCCAAAAUAUGCCACUUACUUCAAACUGAGGGCACUUGGACACAGCACAUGCAGGGAGAGGCUUUUCUCUGAGCCUCCCUCAUCUGCCCAAAGACGAAUCCUCCAAAGGAAAUUCAAUCAUCAUGAAUCCCAUCGCCAACAAUCUCAUCAGCCAGGGAAGGGUAACUGGGACCACAGGGAAGGAGGUGGGAAGUGACACCAGCACAGACAGACAGUCACCUCUUCUCCUGAGGGCUGCUCCAGACGUUUCUUACUCACAAGACCUUUUAUCUGAAAAACAGCCAAGCUUUAUUCAGGACACACUUCUUUCCAUCCCCCUCCUACUUGUCUGGCCACCUCCCUGCAGAAGCCCCGGGCCCCCCCAUUCUUUUCGAUAGCUCAAGAUGGUGUAUGCGUGUCAAUCAUCUGGCCCUUCUCGGAGUCUUGUAUUUCAUGGGACUCCUGUGUAUACAUAUAUAAUUAAAAUUUUUUUUCUCCUGUUAA